AUGGAGCACCGGGCAUAUUGGGCUAUGAAACAGUUAAAUAUGGACUUGAAUGCCACCGGUGAAAAGCGUCUACUGCAACUGAAUGAAUUGCUUGAAUUUAGAAUGGAAGCUUAUGAAAAUGCAAAACUAUACAAGGAGCGAACCAAGAAGUGGCACGAUAUGCACAUUCAGAGGCGAGUAUUCGAAGUGGGGCAGCAAGUACUACUGUAUAACUCGAGACUCAAGCUAUUCCCAGGAAAACUACGAUCAUGGUGGUCGAGUCCCUACACAGUUACAAAAGUUCUACCAUAUGAGGCUAUACAAGUGAGCAAUGAGAAUAAGAUUAGGAAGUUUAUUUUCAAAUUCAUUUAG